AUGGGGGUCAUUGAAGAUAACGCCGCCGGGUCGGCUGCCAGUCUGUGGGUGAUUGGGAUUGAGAACUUGGGCAUCACGGGGCUACCCGGCUUGAUCAAUGCCACUAUUCUCCUCUCGGGCAUGUCUUGCGGAAAGGGUCAUCUUUACUCGUCGUCCAGAACGCUUUAUGGCCUGGCAAGAGACGGCCAAGCACCCAGAUCCCUCGUCAAGUGCACCGAAUCUGGCGUCCCCGUCUAUUUCGUUGCCCUCGUGAGCCUCAUCACCUGCAUAACGUUUCUUGUGACUGCUAUCUUGUAUUUUGGAUGCAAGGUUUGGAGGGUGACCGAGACGGUUGAUUCGCAGACGGCGGAUUUGGUGAGUGGCAAGGCCGAGGUUGAUGAAGAGUGCAAGAUCUAG